AUGGCCUCGGAGCGCCCGGAGCCGGAGGUGGAAGAAGCUGGGCAGGUGUUCCUGUUGAUGAAAAAAGAUUAUCGAAUCUCCCGAAAUGUCCGCCUGGCUUGGUUCCUCAAUCACCUGCAUCAAACUGUGCAGGCUACACCUCAGGAGAUGCUGCUCCAGUCUGAGCAGGAGUUGGAAGUCCUCAGCGUCCUGCCCCCUGGGUGGCAGCCAGAUGAACCAGUGGUCCCAAGGCCAUUCCUCCUUGUACCUUCUACCCGGGUUACCUUCCUGGCUUGGCAGUACCGAUUUGUCAUUGAGCUCGACCUUAGCCCGUCUACUGGCAUUGUGGAUGAUUCCACAGGGGAGAUCUUGUUUGAUGAAGUUUUCCAUGCGCUCUCCCGCUGCCUAGGCGGGCUGCUUCGACCCUUCCGAGUGCCCGGAUCUUGCAUCGACUUCCAGCCUGAGAUCUACAUAACUAUCCAGGCCUACUCCUCAAUCAUUGGCCUGCAGGCCCACCAGGUGCUGGUACAGGGCUGCCUUUUGGACCCUUCCCAGCGGGAGGUGUUCCUGCAGCAGGUAUAUGAACAGCUCUGUCUCUUUGAGGACAAGGUGGCCACCAUGCUGCAGCAGCAGUAUGACCCUCAGAGUCAGGCCGAAGACCAGUCCCCAGACUCGGGGGAGCCCCCUGGCCGGAAGGUGGGAGUCUCCAUGGUGACAGCUGACCUUGGGUUGGUCAGUAUGAUUCGUCAGGGCAUCUUGGCACUGCAGUUGCUCCCCUCAAACUCUAGUGCAGGUAUCAUCGUGAUCACAGAUGGGGUGACCAGUGUCCCUGAUGUUGCUGUCUGUGAGACAUUGCUGAACCAGCUUCGCAGUGGCACCGUGGCUUGUUCCUUUGUGCAGGUGGGAGGAGUUUACUCUUAUGACUGCAGUUUUGGCCACGUGCCCAAUGUGGAAUUGAUGAAGUUCAUCGCAAUGGCCACGUUUGGUUCCUACCUGUCCACUUGUCCUGAGCCAGAACCAGGCAGCCUGGGUCUGACUGUCUACCACCGGGCAUUUCUCCUCUACUCCUUCCUGCGCAGUGGGGAAGCCCUGAACCCUGAAUAUUACUGCGGCUCUCAGCACCGCUUAUUUAACGAGCACCUGGUCUCCGCAAGCAGCAACCCUGCCUUGGCUCUGCGCCGGAAGAAGCACACUGAGAAGGAGGUGCCAGCCGACCUGGUCAGCACCGUGUCUGUACGGCUUCGAGAGGGCUACAGUGUUCGAGAAGUCACCCUGGCCAAAGGAGGGUCUCAGCUGGAGGUGAAGCUGGUGCUGCUGUGGAAACACAACAUGCGCAUUGAGUACGUGGCUGUGGCGCCCUGGCCCCUGGAGCCGGAGGGCCCUCGAGGAACACGGGUGGAAGUGACGAUGGAAGGCGGCUAUGACAUUCUGCAUGAUGUGUCCUGUGCGCUAAGGCAACCCAUUCGCUCACUAUAUCGUACCCAUGUUAUCCGGCGGUUCUGGAACACGUUGCAGAGCAUUAACCAGACGGACCAGAUGCUAGCCCACCUUCAGUCCUUCUCUUCGGUCCCAGAACAUUUCACGCUUCCUGACAGCACCAAGAGUGGGGUGCCACUCUUCUAUAUCCCUCCUGGCUCCACCACCCCGGUGCUCUCCCUGCAGCACAGCGGAUCUGACUCAUCCCACGCCCAGUUCGCUGCCUACUGGAAGCCAGUGCUGUCCAUGGAUGCUAAUUCGUGGCAGCGAUGGCUGCACAUGCAUCGCCUAGUACUGAUCCUGGAGCACGACACACCAAUUCCCAAGCACUUGCACACUCCCGGCAGCAAUGGGCGCUACAGCACCGUGCAGUGCAGGAUCUCUCACUCCUCGCUGACCUCUCUGCUCCGGGACUGGAGCAGCUUCGUGCUGGUCGAGGGCUAUUCCUAUGUGAAGCUGCUCUCCAGUGCCCCAGACCAGCCCCCCUCCUCCUUCUACAUGGUCCGCAUCAUUUCCAAGGCCCCAUGCAUGGUUCUUCGUCUGGGUUUUCCCAUCGGCACACCAGCCCAGGCCCGGCACGAGAUUGUGUCGGGUUUGCGGGAAGAGAUCCUGCGGCUGCGUUUCCCCCACCGGGUGCAAAGCAAAGAGCCAACACCCAAGGUCAAACGAAAAGGGCUGGGGGGUGUUGGUGGGGGCAGCUCUCCCUCCAAGUCCCCCCCCAUGCUGGGCCCGCAGCAGGCCCUGUCUGACCGGCCCUGCCUUGUGGUCCUGCAUAAACCCCUGGACAAGCUACUCAUCAGGUAUGAGAAGCUACCCCUGGACUACCGGGCACCCUUCUUACUGACGCUGGAGCCACCAGGGCCACUGCCGUUGGUGUCAGGCCGCUCAGCCUCCUCUAGCCUAGCGUCGCUGUCCCGCUACCUCUACCACCAGCGCUGGCUCUGGAGCAUCCCAUCGGGCCUGGUCCCCGCACUGCCACUCAGCGCCAUCGCGCAGCUCCUCUCUGUCCUCACCGAAGUCCGACUGUCAGAAGGGUUCCACUUUGCCUGCAGUGGGGAAGGAAUCAUCAACAUGGUCCUGGAGCUUCCAAUUCAGAAUGAGCCCCUGGGGCAGGCUGCAGGCGAGGAGAGGCACACAUGUGUUGUCCAGUACAUCCUCUUCCCCCCACACUCUACCUCCACCAAAGACAGCUUCUCGACAGAUGAUGACAACGAUGUGGAGGUGGAGGCCCUGGAAGGAGACUCAGAGCUCAACCUGGUCACUGAGGUGUGGGUAGAGCCACAGUAUGGGCGAGUGGGGCCUGGCCCCGAGAGCUGGAAGCAUCUGCGGGACCUGACAUACUCUGAGAUCCCUCGAGCUCUCCACCCUCGGGACGCUGCCUGCAUAGGCUCCAUGCUGAGCUUUGAAUACCUGAUACAGCUGUGCCAGAGCAAGGAAUGGAGUCCCCUGCCCCCAGAGCCGAGGAUCUCUAAUGGAUUGGACCAGGGAGGAGAUACCUGUGUCCACGAGAUCCCUUUCCAUUUUGACCUAAUGGGACUGUUGCCUCAGUGUCAGCAGCUCCAGAUGUUCUUCCUUCUGCUUUCCAGAGGUCCGGAGGAGUCUCCCGUGGGGGGCCACGGGAUCCUAAAGGAUCAAGCAGUCAGCAGCGCCCAGGCCGCUGGAGACUCAGCGCUUCCUCCCCUGGUUAUAGGCCCUCCUGAGACUCUCAAGGCUCUCAUCUCUACCCAUUCCCCUCAGUGGCGCUGCUAUGCAAGGCUUGUGACUCCCCAGCAUGUGUUUCUGACUUUCCUCCCAGCUACCUUCGCAGAUGUCCAACAUCUGGCUGCCUGUGGCCUGGAGGGACCCUCUCAAGAGGAGACAAAGCCUAAGUUUGGGGAUGGGAGCGGGGCCCCCAGCCUGAAAGACCUGGGAGGAACUGGGGUGAGGGCUACAAAGGCCCAGGUUCCCACACUCAGCGUCACUCCAGCUGGAGACACUGCCCAGAUUCCAGGAGACCUAAGCCCACCUUUCCGUCGGGACUUACAGGCUUACGCCGCGCGUCAGGCUCCACAGACAGAGGGUGCAGAUGGUCCCCGGACCCGGUGUCCUGUUUACGUCUAUAGCUGUGCCCUGGAAGCACUGAGGGAGCAAAUGGUUGGCCUGCAGCCCCCUCAGGCACCCCGAGACCUCAUCUUCCGGACUCAGUUCCUCGACCAGCCCUCCCCAUCCUCAGUCUGGAUGGAGCCCAGGCACAAGGAGGCAGCCAAUCAUUGUGCCUUGCUACAGGAGCACGCACAGCGAUGCUACGUCCGUGGACUGUUCCGGAGUUUGCAGCAAGCACAGAGCGUCACCUCACAGGACUUGCUGAUAGCGGUAGAUGCCUGCGAGGAGCUACUACAAGAAGUAGACAUCACCCCUUUCCUGCUCGCACUGUGUGGCCACAUUCGGGUUUUGCCUCAGGCACCCCCAAGCCCUGGGCCUCUUAGCCCUGGGCCUUUCAGCAGCAGCAUCGAGGAGGGCCCCGAGCCUCGGGAACGAGCUGUCCUGGCUUCUGAGUCCAGCAUAGAGACUGAGGACCUCAGCGAGCCUGAGUUUCAGAGCAGCCGUGUCCCUGGGAUUCCAGACCCUAGCCUGGAGAUCUCUCUGACAGACGUCUGCCAGCUCCGAGGAGAGGCACAUGAUGCCCUUCAUAGCCUCAUCCAGGAGAAGUUCCUGGAGAUCAGUGGUCUCUACUUCCGCACAGUGCCCUCCAAUCCCCACUACUUCUUCUAUUGCCCUCCAUCCAGCAGGCGAGAGGAUGAGGGCCCCCGGGACACAGUAGACAGAAAAGUCAGUGACCUCGAGUUUUCGGAGGCUGAAUUCCUAGGAGAAGAAGGAGACACAGCCUGCUGUGUGGUCACUGAGAGUGACCCAGAACUAGAGGUGGAGUAUCGUGAGAGCCGUGAACCAGACCUGGGGCCAGCUGGGCUCGACUCUGCCUCGCUGUCAGAUGCGGACACUGUGAACCCUGAUGAAGACUCCUUCAGUAUCCUGGGGGGUGAUUCGCCUACCGGGCCUGAGGGCCUGGUACAUGACCUGCCACCUCUCUUCCUGCACCUCACGUGCUCUGUGCGGCUGCGUGGGCAGCACAGCUCAGUACCUGUGUGCAGCCUGCCCACCUGCCUGGGCCAGGUCCUUUCCAGUCUGGAGGGCCCCCCCAUUGGAGGCCGCGUGCCCCUGAGGGACCUCAGUAUUACGCUGGACGUCUUUGUGCUGACAUUGCCUCUGGAAGUGGAGCUUCCCCCAACCUCGGACCCUCAGCACCACCGGUCCACAUCUGAAAGCAGUGCUUCCUUCCCACGAUCCCCGGGGCAGCCAUCAUCUUUAAGGUCGGAUGAUGGCCUGGGGCCCCCAAUGCCACCCCCAGAAGAAGACAGGCACCCUGGACUGUCCAAUUUGGCCACACCCCACAGACUGGCUAUUGAGACCACCAUGAGUGAGAUCCACUGGUUGCUGGAGGACGAGAUGGUAGCGGCCCUCCGAAGAGGGGGCAUCCCCCAGAGCCCUACCCUGCACCGUGCAGCUGCCCACAUCCAUAGCUCUCCUGGACGCUCCACCUGCCUUCGCCAGACCCUGCCACUGAGUUUUGUGUUUGGGCCAGAACGUUCCCUCACACAAUUCAAGGAGGAGUUCCGCCGCCUUCACCUCCCUGGCCACAUUCUUCUCGAGGAUCCUGACAGUGGCUUCUUCUUUGUGGCAGUUGGCCAACAGCCAGGAGGGUCCCAAGGGGAGCUCCCUUCAGCAGCCUGGGCUUGGCACAGCCAUGAGGACAAGGCCGAAGGCAUCGAAGCGGAGGCCCUGACAGCCAGCCCCCAAGCCCCUGGCUCCCCAGAGGGUUCUGAUGGCACACCCCUCCUCAGCCUGCCACAGGGAGGGAGACAGCCUGGGCCUAGCCGGGGGCUGAGCCUUAUGUCCAGUCAGGGCAGUGUGGACUCUGACCACCUAGGUUAUGAUGGUGGCAGCAGUGGCUCAGACAGCGAGGGCCCCAAUGAGACCCUGGGGGAGAAGCCUCCCUUCACGUUGAGGACCCCACCUGGGCAGGCACCUCCACAGCCUUCACUCUCAGGCCUCCCUGGGCCCUGCCUGCCUGACUUCUGGCUCAUCGUCCGCAUACUACAGGAUCGUGUAGAAGUGUAUGCACAUGCGCGGAGCCUGAUUCGGGAGGAUGGGGGACCAGGCACCGAGUGUCGCCACCUGCAGCAGCUCCUGGUGAGGCGAGUUGGGGAGAUCUGCAGGGAGGUCAACCAGCGACUGCUUCUGCAGGACCUCCAUGACAGUCACGUGUGUAACUCUCUUCUGGUGGCCGAGAGUGAAGAAGAUCUAUGGCGCAGUGAGACCCCCUUCCACUCCCGUCAGCGGGCACCACUGCCCAGCGAUGAUUACGCUGCUGACGAGAGUUGUACACCCCGAGGGUACCUAGCAGCCACCAUGCAGUUUGUCCCUGGCCAUUUCUCCUGUGACGUUGUGUGGAAAACCGUGAUUCGAGUCCAUUCGCGCCUGAAAAUGGGGCCCAGCAUGGGGGUCUCUCGGGCCAUCCAGGCCCUGCGCUCUGUGCUCAAUGCCUUCUCUGUGGUGAACCGGAAGAAUAUGUUUGUCUAUCAGGAACGAGCAACGAAGGCUGUGUACUACCUGAGACUCCUGGAGACGUCCUGCAGUGAGCGGCCUUGGGAAGGUGAUGCCCUGCCCCCCUCCCUAGCUCUGUCCCGAAGCCAGGAGCCCAUCUACUCUGAGGAAGCCUCGGGUCCUCGUUCUCCCCUGGACAUGGCUUCUAGCCGCGGUUCAGAUGCUGCUCGUCCUGUGGGCCAGGUGGACAGGCAUAUCCAGCUGCUCGUGCAUGGCGUAGGACAGGCAGGUCCCGAGAUUACAGAUGAGCUAGUACGGGUUCUGCGUCGGCGCCUGGACGAGGCCACACUGGAUGUCAUCACAGUCAUGCUGGUUCGGAACUGCAAGCUGACACCGGCUGACGUGGAGUUCAUCCAGCCCCCCGGAAGUCUCCCCUCAGAAGUGCUGCAUCUGGCCCUGCCUGCCUCCUGCAGACCCUGGCUUCCUGCCCUGGCCUGGUACCUGCGGCAGAACUUGCUCAUCUUCCUGCACUCUCCCAAGUACACGGACAGCAACAGCCGGAACCACUUCCAGCACCCGCUCCCACCGCAGGGCGGCCUCCCCGACUUGGACAUCUACUUAUAUAACAAGCCUGGCGGACAGGGCACCGGGGGCAAAGGGGUUGCCUGCAUCACUCUAGCCUUCGUGGAUGAAGGGGGGAACCCCAUCUCACUGGCAUCAUGGCCCCCCUCCUCUCCGGGGCCCCUAGACCCACUGCAAGAGGAGGAAUUUGAGCAGCUGACCCAGGUCACCCGCUGCCCGAUCGUGCCAGACAGUUCUUCAGCUCAGAAUGGGGCCCCACGGCUUCGACUGGAUGUGUGGGAGAAGGGGAACAUCAGUAUCGUACAGCUAGAGGAGAAGCUCCGAGGAGCAGCUCGCCAGGCCCUGGCUGAUGGCAUUAUGGAGCUGCGGCUGCUGCCAGCCUCGCUGUGUACAGAGGACACAUCUCCAGGAAGUCUCAGGAGCGGGUCGUUGGAAACCAAGAGCCCUGCGGGCCGAGCUAGCACCUUUCCCCCUGGCCCUGGCACUGGCCCUGGGGAGCCUGUGACUCCCCCCAGCAAGGCUGGCCGGCGUAGCUUCUGGGAUAUGCUGAGUAAAACAGAAUGUGGGGACUUGGGUUCCCCCAAAACAACGGAUGACAUUGUCCUGGAUCGGCCAGAAGACACCCGGGGCCGGAGGCGUCACAAAACUGAAAGUGUUCGGACUCCGGGUGGAACUGAGCGGACACCGGGCCCAGAUUCUGGAGCCCAGAGACAAAGACGCCGGACCACACAGCUAGAAGAGGGCGAGGUGGGGACCCUGCAGCCUGUGUUUGCUCGUGUGACUCAGCGCUGGAUGGAGUUUAUGGUUCAGAUCGGUUGUGCCUCAGUGUCCAGAAGCUCCACCCACAUGGUGUCCCGAUUCCUCCUUCCAUCUGUCCUUUCUGAGUUCACUGCUCUUGUUACCUCCAUGGCUGGAGACACCAGCGUCCGUGUCUUUGAGCAGCAUUUGGGUUCAGAGCCUGAGAUCUUCAGUCCUUGCUCCCUUGGACAACUGGGCCCAACCCCACGCCCAGCAGCUGAGAGACAUCUGCUGCUUCUGGGCAGGAACUUCUUGCAGUGGAGAAGACCAACCCAGCAGGCCGCCAAGGCCAUGCAGCGCUUCGAGCCAGGAGGUGAUGGGAGCUCCGGGCGAAGUGCUCCCCGGCAGAGGUUCCUGCUGUUGGAGGUCGUGGACAAGAAGCUGCAGCUGCUGACCUACAACUGGGCUCCAGACCUGGGAGCAGCAUUGGGCCGAGCGCUGGUUCGCCUCGUGCAGUGGCAGAACUCACGUGCCCAUCUCAUCUUCUGCCUCCUCAGCCAGAAGCUUGGGCUCUUCCAUCAUUACGGCCAGUUGGACUUCCCAGUGCGGGAUGAAAAGGAGCCAAACCCAUUUCUGCUGCCAACCAUGGAAGCAGAGACCCUCAUCCGGAGUGCAAGCCCCCCUCUGAGCCGUGAACAGGGCCGGCUGAGUGCAUCCUCUCGGGGUGGGGGCCCCCUUCCCCUGGACACAUUCCCCUUCGAUGAGGCCUUGCGGGAUAUCACAGCUGCCCGCCCCAGCUCCUCACUCGGUCCUGUGCCCAGACCUCCUGAUCCCGUCACCUACCAUGGACAACAGUUCCUGGAGAUCAAGAUGGCCGAGCGCAGAGAGCUGGAGCGCCAGAUGAAGAUGGAGAACCUGUUCGUGACCUGGCAGCAGCGUUCUGCCCCUGCCAGCAUGCCCAUCAGUGCUGCGGAGCUGGAGACCCUGAAGCAGUCUUCCCGCCUGGUGCAUUACUGUGCGACAGCCCUGCUCUUCGACCCGGCUGCCUGGCUGCACGGGCCCCCAGAGACCUCUGGGCCCCCCGAGGGCCAGCGGCGCCAUCGCCCCGAGUCAGGCUCCGGGAGCCGCGAGGCCCCCGCAGGCUGCGAGCCCUCAGAUGUGCCUCCGCCAGGUGCCCGUGAGGAGCCUUGGCUGAAGGAGCUGAGCUUGGCUUUCCUGCAGCAGUACGUGCAGUAUCUGCAGAGCAUGGGCUUUGUGCUGGUGCCGCUGCGGCCCCCCUCACCCGCCCGCAGCACCAGCCGGCUGCGGGCCAUGGCUGUCCUUGGAACAGAGGGGCGUGGCUCCUUCUCCUGCCCGAAGACCAAGACUGACGGGAGCCCCAAGAGCACUGGCUCUCCAGUCACCACCUACCACCUACAGAGGGCACUGCCCGGGGGCAUCAUCCUCAUGGAGCUGGCUUUUCAGGGCUGUUACUUCUGUGUCAAACAGUUCGCCCUAGAAUGUUCCCGAAUCCCCAUGGGGCAAGCUGUCAACUCUCAGCUGUCCAUGCUGUUCACUGAGGAAUGUGACAAGGUGCGGGACCUGAUGCACGUGCACUCAUUCAGCUACGACUUCCACCUGCGCCUGGUGCACCAACACGUCCUGGGCGCCCACCUAGUGCUGCGACAUGGCUACCACCUCACCACCUUCCUGCGACACUUCCUGGCCCACCACCCUGACGGGCCCCACUUUGGUCGUAAUCACAUUUACCAAGGGACCCUGGAGCUUUCCACACCGCUCAUUGCUGCCCACCAGCUGUAUAACUACGUGGCUGACCAUGCCAGCUCCUACCACAUGAAGCCAUUGCGGAUGGCGCGGCCAGGAGGCCCAGAACAUAACGAAUAUGCCCUGGUAUCAGCGUGGCACAGCUCUGGCUCCUACCUGGACUCUGAGGGACUUCGUCACCAGGAUGACUUUGAUGUGUCUCUGCUUGUGUGUCACUGUGCUGCACCCUUUGAAGAGCAAGGAGAAGCUGAGCGGCACGUUCUGCGGCUGCAGUUCUUCGUGGUGCUCACCAGCCAACGAGAGCUCUUCCCCAGGCUCACUGCCGACAUGCGCCGGUUCCGGAAGCCACCCAGGCUGCCCCCUGAGCCGGAAACUCCCGGGAGCUCAGCUGGUAGCCCCGGGGAGGCCUCAGAGCUUGGCCUGGCCUCUGGACCAGCUCCCCUGUUCCCCCCAUUGGCUACGGAGGUGGGCGUGGCACGGGCACGGCUGGCUCAGCUGGUCCGGCUGGCUGGAGGGCACUGCCGCCGGGACACCCUCUGGAAGCGCCUCUUUUUGCUGGAGCCUCCAGGGCCUGACCGGCUACGGCUAGGGGGGCGCCUGGCCCUGGCUGAGCUGGAGGAGCUACUGGAAGCAGUCCAUGCCAAAUCCAUCGGGGACAUUGACCCCCAGCUGGACUGCUUCCUGUCUAUGACGGUCUCCUGGUACCAGAGCCUGAUCAAGGUUCUCCUAAGCCGUUUUCCUCAGAGCUGUCGCCAUUUCCAGAGCCCAGACUUGGGAACUCAGUACCUGGUUGUGCUGAAUCAGAAGUUCACAGACUGUUUUGUGCUGGUGUUUCUGGAUUCCCACUUGGGAAAGACGUCUCUGACAGUGGUUUUCCGAGAGCCCUUCCCGGUGCAGCCCCAGGACAGUGAGAGCCCUCCUGCCCAGCUGGUCUCCACCUACCACCACCUAGAGUCCGUCAUCAACACAGCUUGCUUCACCCUCUGGACCCGCCUCCUGUGA